CAUUGAAGUCACUCUGCUGUAAACUUGUGGGACCAAUCUGUAAGGGUCAUCCUAAGGCUGAGACCUGCUUUAGAUGUAGCACUGACCUUCCUUAGAUACAGAUUCACCCCUUGUAGGCUGUAGGCCCCACCUUUUCAGUGAUACACUACUGGACAAGUACUUGUAGAGUGUCAUAUUAUUGACCCAUACAUCUUUUUUUGUCUCCAAACCAAGCUAAAAAAGAAAACUCCUCAGAAACGAAAGUGCAGCUGGAUGAAGUAACCUGCACACCGGAGUGGUUUGAUGAUGGUUAUUAAAAGAUUUCUUUUCAAGACGUUCCUGUAGCUAAAAAAGAUAAAAAUAAGCUUAUAUAAUGUACUUUUAAAUCAAAGCGCUUCACCAAAUAACCUGAACAGUUUUGAGCUCAGCAAACAGGAACGAAGCUGAACUUAAGAGAUAAACAGCCAGAAGUAUUGUAGUACUGCAGCGCCGCCUUGUGGCUGUUAGCUGUACUAACUGAAGCUGCGUGUUUUGUGCUGCUGAGGGUUAAACAAAAAAUUCAGGUCAGUCACUGUCAGGAAGGAACUGAUCAGUUUUGUGGGAAACCAGUUUUGUAGAAAAGCGUCAACAGCAAGACUAAAACAAAACCUUUGGUCACAGAAUAAGGAUGUCACUGACUAUGACUAAAGCCGAGGGGGUGACCGUGUUUACCGUCACCUCCAACCCCAAAAGCAAGUGGCCGCUGAUUUGCCAGCUUCUGAGCACGAUGUGCUGCAGUCCGAUCUGCUUUGUGUCACAGAGCAUGAAGCAGCAGUUGGGCAGAACUCACACAGCUCUGGGGACUCUACAGAUUCUGGUUGGACUAAUGAAUGUGGGCUUCGGGUGUAUCUUCAGGAACAUGGGGUCAUACUUUUCUGUACUUUGGGACGGCUGUUUUUGGUUGGGGGCAGUGUUUAUUGCUGCUGGCAUCGUUUGCAUCCUUGCUGAGAAGUUUCCCAGCAGUUGCCUGCUUAGCUUUACGGUCCUGGUGAAUCUGGUCAGUGCUGCACUGGCUUUUACUGCCACUGUAUUCUACUCAAUAGACUUAGCGUGGUUGCCUCAACGUUACGACUGUAAUCAACGCGAUUAUGGAUAUGGAUAUGGUUAUUACGAGGCUACACCGUCUCCUCAGAAGAAAGCCCAGAUGGAGAACUGUGAGCGCAACCAGCACAUAUUCAAGAUGGUGUACGGAGGACUGGACAUCCUGAUGAUCGUGUUGUCUCUCCUUCAAAUUUGUGUCACCAUCAGCUCAUGUGUUCUGAUUCUGAAGACUCUGUGCAAGAAGAAGACCGAAGACGAAAUGGAAGAUCCUGAACUUCACAAGCCCCUCAUAGAGGAAGUUCUUUCCAGCCCUGCCUGGUAGAGAAACACUCUCAAUCCUUAUCAUUCAUGUCAUUCCAGAUUUCUAUCUAGCACUUUCCUUUCUUGCGAAUUGAAAUGUUAAUCUAUUAUUAUUAGAGACUGCUGUACUUUCUGUCAAGAAGCAUCUCGUUUUUACUGUUUUUAUUAUUAUUAUUGUUACUUUUACCGUAGACUCACACCUUUUAAACCUUUACCUGUGCUACAUAUUUGUUUGGAACAACUAUUUCAUAGACUUAAAAUGUAAAACAUCACAUAAAACUUGUGACAUAACUUUUGUACAGGUCAUAUUUCAU